CCUUCUCCCUCGUCCAACGCCAAGCUCCACAACCCACCAUCACAUCCAUGGAAAUCCACUUCCAACCUCAGAGGCAUCCACGCCAGAUCCCUGUCUGUAAACCAGCAAGCAGAUCCAAGAAGAGGAGCAAGAGCAGCAGCAGCAGCAAGUUUGUAGGUGUGAGGCAAAGACCAUCGGGAAGAUGGGUGGCAGAGAUCAAGGACACCACGCAGAAGAUAAGGAUGUGGCUGGGGACGUUCGAGACGGCGGAGGAGGCCGCCCGGGCCUACGACGAGGCCGCCUGCCUCCUCCGUGGCUCCAACACUCGCACAAACUUCAUCACCCAUGUCGCCACCGACUCCCCUCUCGCGUCGAGGAUUCAGAAUCUUCUCAACCUCAAGAAGCAGACUACCAGCGCUAGCAAUCCUUCCGCGUCCAACAGUUCUCCUUGCGACCCUUCUGCAACCUGCACUGGCGCAAGUAGUGCCGCUUCGAGCAGCAUAGAACCUGAAAGCUGCACUAGUAACAACAGUCUUGGCAGUGUUGCUUCCUGUCUCGAGAUCCAGCAGGACAUCAGCCAAAUGGCUGAUGAAGUGUACAGGCCGUGCUUUAGCAAUGGCGGUGAGGAUCUCGAGUUCUGGUCAUCCUCGCCAUUGCCGUCGGACUCGUGGCUGUUUGAUUGUCUCGAGCUGCCCAAGGUUGGCCCGGAGAUCUCCGAGUUCGAGAGGAUGAAGGUGGAGCGGCAGUUCUCGGCGUCGCUCUACGCCAUGAACGGAGUCCAGGAGUACUUCGACAUGGUGCACGACCCUUCAGAUACGCUAUGGGAUCUCCCUCCCCUCUGUCAUUUGCCUUGCAGGACUUGAUCGUCCGGCCACAUCUACUCUCCCACUAAAGCUUUGCUGUCACAAAGCAAUGGCGGUGAAGAAGAACAGAUCCACCUUCCAAUGGAACUCGGUUGUAACUAUGAACUGUCUUUGGGUCCUGUCCUGUAUCUUCUCUUAAAACUAGUGUUGUAACCAUGGAUUGUCUUUGGAUCACCUAAAUUUUCUUGAACUAGUGUAAGAAGAGGGAAGAGUA